AUGACAAUGCCGACAGGUACUAUCGUAUUGACAGGCGCAAAUGGCGGCCUGGGCACCGUACUCGCCAGCAACAUCAUCGACGCGAAGGACUACCACGGCAUCUACACGGUACGAGACGUGAGCUCAGAUACUGUUCUUAGCUCGAUCCUGCGCCGCAAUGCUGUUAGACCAACAACAGCCGGGGAUCAACAGCCGGUCCACGAGAUGGUGGCCCUCGACCUGUGCAAACCGUCGAGCGUGCGCGAGGCGGCCGCAGCGAUCAAUACCAAGGUGCAGUCAGGUGCCAUGCCUCGCAUCCAGGCGCUCAUCCUCAACGCCGGACUCCGCGAGGCUCACGGCCAGACGUGGACGGACGAGGGCCUCGAUACGACGUUCACAAGCAAUUACCUCGGGCACUGGCUCCUGACGCUCUUACUGCUUCGAAGCAUGGACAAGGAAUCGGGUCGCAUAGUGGUGAUUGGGGGUGCCGUCCAUGACCCUCUGGACCCAUGCAACAGCAUCAACCGCGCCUUUGUCGAGGACGAAUGGAAGCAAAUCUUAGUCGACGCGAGUAGUGAAACGGUCGACGCGAUCGCCAAGGGCGAGUGGAGUGCCAGCCCGGCAAACUCCGCAAAUGAUCCCCGCGGCCUGUGCGGCAUUCGACGCUACGGAGCGGCUAAGCUUUGUCUCGUUAUGAUGAUUAUCGAGCUUCAGAAUCGGCUCAACAGAGACCCCGAUAUUAGUCGCAUCGCUAUCCUUGGCGUCGACCCAGGCAUCAUGCCCACCCACAUAACCGUGGGUGACCAUGGCUGGCUUGUGAAGUCCAUUAUCACAUUUGUGAUGCGUAUCUUGGCCUGGAAGAACCCCGACGGUCUCAUGCGCACCCCACAGAAGUCGGCGUCAGAUGUGCUUGCUGCGGCCUUGUCAGUUGACCCGCCGAUCGGCAGCACGCCAAAGAGUGUGUACCUAAACGGGUCUCAGCCGAAGCCAGUAAGCGGCGAGGCGCAAGAUGACGAGAAAAGGGCGGCCGUGUGGAGGGCAAGUGUCAAGUACACUAACUUGAAGGACGGAGAAACGGUGCUUGUUGAUUGGGCUUGA